AACCUGAGCUAUAGAGCCCUGAGGGAUGUACACCUGACCUGAACGGUGCACGCGAGCACACUCAGAGAGUUACAGUUCACAUUUAUAUCAGUAGUCACAAACCACUUUUAUAUACAUCAAACUCGUGGGAACGAAUAUAGACAGCACAGCCCCAGCAGGUUUUGUCCUCCCACAGAAAGCGUGCGUACAAAAUUAAAAAAAAAAAAAAAAAGGCCUUAGAUAUAUCACAUUUCACGUGCACAGUCAGACGUUAGUUAACUGCAGUGUCAGCCAAUCUGCUGCCUGCAUGCACUGUGGGCUUGUCCUCUCGGCAGGAAUUCUCUAGCUCUCUGUGUCUCCACCUCAGCACUCCCGUGGAGGAUAUCAAACGGCGUGGACCAAGAUGAGGAUAAUUUCCCUGCUCGUUUUGGUUGCGUUAGCAGCCGUGGCAGAGUCUUGCAAGCACAAGCACAAAAGACGUGACAAACGGGAGGUCUUGGUGCGUUCCAAAAGAAGAUGGGUCCUGUCUACAAUUGAACUAGAAGAGGAAAAAGAAGGGACAUACCCAAUGGUGAUUUCUCAGAUGUUUAAUGACAAGACCCCAGGGAGAAACCACAAGUUUAUGAUAAGUGGAGACGGUGUGGCCGAGGGAUUGUUCACCAUUGACGAAACAACUGGGACUGUCUAUGCACAUCGACCUGUCGACAGAGAGAAAAAAGAGAGCUACCAUAUCACGUUUGACGUCAUUGACCGAAACACAAACAAGGACAUAGACCGGGAACUAGCGUUUGACGUUGCAGUAAAGGACAUAAAUGACAAUCCCCCUAUAUUCCAUCCAAGUGUGAUCAUAGCCGACGUAGACGAAAAUUCACAACCAGGGUACUUGCCGGCGCAGCUGCUCGCCUUUGACGCAGAUCAGAACGAUACGGACAACUCCAAGACAACGUUCACUGUGUUGAAACAGAAUCCAAUAGAGCCCAAGAUUGGUCUGCUGAGGCUAAGUGACAGAAUGGCCCAACUCACCUUUGAAGGGUGCUUUGACUACGAUAAAGUGAAGCAGUAUGAGGUUAUUGUCGAGGCAAAAGAUCAUGGAACACCGACACUUUCCUCUACUGCCGUUGUUACUCUGAAUAUACAUGACAAAAACAGCCAUCCACCGAAGUUCAAGAUGAGGGAGUACCGAGGCGAGGCCUUUGAACUGACCAUCAAAAAAGAUGUUUUGAGGGUCUCGGUAGAGGACAAAGACACUCCUAAAACAGACGGCUGGCGUGCUGAGUACUUCUUCAUUAAAGGGAAUGAGGAAGGGAUCUACAAAAUUGAAACUGACCCAGAUACCAAUGAGGGCAUUCUGAGCAUCGUUAAGGAGAAGAAUUACAAACUAACAACUAAUAACACGCUGCAAAUCGGAGUGAAAAACGUCGAAGAGUUAUUUGUUUGCGGAAAGCCACUGGCUUCACGUCCUAGUAACGACCAGCCCCUAGAUACAGUCAACAUCACGAUGACGAUGAUCGAUGCCAAUGACCCUCCGGAGUUUGAGCGGCAAAUUGUUGAAUUGUACACGAGGGAAGAAGAGAAGCCAGGACAGCUGCUGUUCACUCCAAAAGUUCAUGAUGUGGACUCAAAAAACAUCAGAUACGAGCUGGUAGAAGAUCCAGCUGGCUGGAUGAAGAUAAACGGCAAAACAGGAGAUCUCAGAACAGUCAAGACGUUGGACAGAGAGUCCCCCUACGUUAAAGACAACGUCUACAGGGUCGUCAUGGCUGCCAUUGAUGAUGGUCAACCUCCAGCCACAAGUACAUGCAUCAUCAACGUCAACUUGAGGGACAUCAAUGACCACAAGCCUUCUCUGGUCAACGGACACCUCACUCUGUGUGGAAACAAGGAUAACAAGGUUGUGGUGUCUGUGGAGGACAUGGACGCACAUCCUUACGCUGGGCCCUUUAGCUUCUCCCUGGCAGAUGAUGAUCUGAAGGAGCUAUGGAAGCUAGAGCCAGCUUUUGGUGAAGAAGGUGGGCUCGUGACCCAGAAUUCGCUUCCUUAUGGUAACUACUCAGUACCCCUGAAGAUUCAGGAUCAGCAGGGCUCAACGAAAGAAGAGACCCUGGAAGUGACGAUCUGCAACUGUGGAGAAGGCGAUGUUUGUCUCGCCAAGCAGGGACGCUCAGUAAGCCUCGGACCAGCUGGCAUUGGACUGUUAAUCGCAGGCUUGCUCUUAAUGUUGUUGCUGGUUUUCGCAGUUGCCUGUGGGUGUGGACCUGAGCCGUUUAAGCAAUUGGAGGAGGAAAAGGGCAACGAGACACUUAUCAAUUACUGUGAGGAAGGAGGGGUCUCUGCAAACCUGGCUGUUCCCAAACUGAGCACAAAGAGCAAAAGAGGAAUGUCGGUAUUAGAUGGCAUCAAGCAGGGUUCCUUGAAGACGUCUCAGAGCAUCCCAGUGACGGCCUACAACAUAGAAAAGUACAACUCAGGGAUGAGCACGAUGAACUCGGGCUUUGAUCAUAGAGGGAGCGUCAUGAGCCACGGCAUGCAGGGAGUGAACUACACAAUGUCAUCAAACAACACAAACCACAAUUGGCGGGGCUCAUCAAAUUACCAGCGUUCUCGAAGCAUGUAUGGAACCGAUCGCAUUGGAGAUUACCUUCAAGGGAGACUUUUGGCGGCUGCUGGCAAUAAUGGAAGCCACGACACGCACCUGCCUUACAUAUAUGCCGACGAGGGGGAGGGCAGCGUUUGCCUGACGCUUGACCAGCUGUCAGUCAGCAACCUGGGAGACGAUUUGCAGUUUCUCGAUAAUUUGGGGCCAAAGUUCAAGACACUGGGAAACAUCUGUCAACAGGAUAUUCAACCAAAGACCGUAAAGCUUUAAAGGGCACUGCUGGAAUGUAACUUUUGUUUAAUAUUUUUUUUUUUUUUUUUUUUACCUAGUUUGCACUUAUUUGAGUGGAUCUUUAGAGGGAUGAUAUACCGCAAUGGCUGGAUUUUGUACUUACGCAGUGUGGACCAAAACAACAUGCUUUUUUUUAGCAACACAUUGAGUGCUGGCAUCUAACCAUGAAACAGGGAUUAUUUAAAAGUAGCUUUACUUUGCUUGCUUGAAGAUGGAAUGAUUGCACUUUACUAACCGUCAUGCUCGGGGGAUUUUGAUUUGCAGCACGCUGGCAGUUAUUAGGUGUGUCUGCUUGUUUUGCUCAAACCAAAGGGUGUGAUGCCACUCUUAGAAACUUUAAAUAUCUGUUGCUAAUGAUCUGGUGAUGCAGGGAGCGCAGCAUUCAAUGUUCAUGUGUUCAUGAUGUUUUGUAUUCUUUUGUUUAUUUUUGUAUUCUUUUUUAUUUCAGGAGAAAAAUGAUGUUGCACUACAUAUGUAUAUCUAUAUCUAUAUCUUAGUAGUAUAUGUUGUCCAUAUGUUGUCACAUGUCCUUCCAAGGGAAAACUAAGUAUGGAUUUAUUGGAAUUACACUAAAAAACAGGGAAACUAACAUUUUGUUUUGUACCACUGUAUAAUGAAUUACGCACUGGUACAAGUAGCAGCCUGAACCCUAAUGACUCCAUCACCUUAUCAGAAAGGUCGAAAGUAAAGCUGGGUUGUCUGUUUUCUUUCCCAGCCUGUUGUUCCGGUGAUAACGCCAUUCUAACACACGGCAGAGGAAUUUUCUUAGACAUACAGCAUGUCAGGAGCUUCACUUUGUGCUGCAUCUAUGAGCUUCUGAUGAAAGACAUGAACGCCCUUAACCCUUUCUGCAGAUGUGACCAAACAUGUUUUGUUUUGAUGUGAACGUAGAUGGGAGGAGAGGUGUGGUGUUGUUGUUGGUGGCCAUUGGGUAGCAAAGACCAAUUUGCAUUAGCAGUACUGCUAGGCUUGAUAUCGAUCCGAUACAACGGGGCCAGUAUCGCCAAUACCGAUAUCGAUACUUGAUGCAUCCUCAAUCUGGAUCAAUCUAAAUCUGAAUGAAUUUUCAUGACCUUUAAGUGUUUUUGUGUUUUGCCUUUUGGAUGAGUGAUCAGUUAAAAUCCAGUACAGAAAUUUGUAAAUAGGAAAUACUUGGCCAAGUGUUUAGAGCCUUCACUUCUUUGUUUUUGUUCUAAAAUAGUGUACAAAAUUAUCACUUCACAACAAAUAUAUAAAUAUAGAAAAAAUUGAUUUUCUAUUUAAUUUCUUUUUUCCAUGAUUUUUCAUAUGGGUAUAUAAGUUGGUUUUGUUAGCAGUUUUUCCUUUUUUUUUUUUUUUAUAAAUAGUACAAUUUGCUGUCAUUUCAUUUUGACUUUGUGUAAGAGAGAAAAGUUAUUGGGACAUUAUUUUAAAAAUUACCACAUAUGCAUUUCCACUGACAAAAAAGUAUUUCAUUUAAGAAAAAAAUAAAAUGAAUAAUGCAGCUGUGUAACUGUACUUACCUUUCAAUAACUGAGUAAUAUUCAAACUUUCACUUUCACUGAAAUAACUUGACAAAAAUAAUAAUAAAUAAAAAUGUAGUGAAAAUUAACUAAUGAAAAUCUGACAUUGCUUUUGAAUUGCGGUUCAAGCAAAUAAUUAAAAAACAAAUAAUAAUAAUGUUGAAACUGGCCUGGACAAAAAGGAUGGUGUCCUUAACCUAAUAUUUUUGAAUGUUUUUGAAUUUUCACUACAUUUUUUAUUUGUUAUUACUUUUAUUGAGUUUCAAAUUAUUUCAGUGACCAUCCUGGGUUUUUCUUUAUUUUCACACAAGGGCCAACAAUUUUGUCCACGUGUGUACCAGGCUUCAACAGAAGCGACUUCAUUAAUUAUUAAUUCAUUCCAAAUAAAUCUCUGUUGUUCUUGAA